AUGAAGAAAGAGUCAAAAAAUAUAUACAACAAACUAGAUAAUGUAGUAUAUUCUGUUUUGAGAAGCAUAGAUCUAGAGUGUAAAAAUGUGGGCGAAAAGGUGAAUGAGAAGGUGUAUGGGAAAUUUUUUGAAUUGUUUUAUAAGGAGAAUUACCUAGAGAAGUUAAAUUAUAAUGAUCUUAUAAAAACACAUAAAGAUAGGAACACACAUAAAUACUUAUUUUAUAUGUUUGAGUUUUUACUUAAUAAAAUUACGUUAACAAGGAAUAUAAAAUAUAUAGAUUUCUUAUUUCUUAUUCUUAGAUACAUUACUUAUUUGUGGGUUUUCUUAUCAGAAGAUGAUAAACUAGUUUUAAUAUUUUAUUAUUACUUUAAACUUAGAGAUUUAUUAUUUAAUAUAAAAUUUAUUAGAUGUUCCUUUUUUGUGAAUAUAUAUAACCUAUUGAUUUAUUUUUAUAUGAAGAACAAAAAAAAAAUAGUUUUUGCAGUAAAACAUUUAAGCGAAAAAGAAGCAGGUUAUCAUAUAGAUAAUGUUAUAUUAGAAUUAAAUAAAAUAAUUAUAAAUGAAAAUAUUAAUUUUCUAAAAUUUUUUGAAAAGGAUAAUAUUUAUAUUUUUCAAAAUAAUGCAAUACAAGAAAUAAAGCAGCAAAAUACAAAUACAUCAUCAAACGCAGAAGACACGGUAUAUAGUUCUGCAAAUGCGCCUAAUUUAUACAAUUACAUUUGGGUGAGUCACUAUGAAGAGGAUACAGGAUCUUCUCAUAAAAGAUAUAAGGAAGGUUAUGACAACUCCCAGUAUGAUAAAAAUGGACAGUAUAGCGAUAAAGGAAACGCAAAACUCACAAAAGAAAAUAAUAACAAUAAUAAUAGUAAUAUGAUCAAUAAUAGUAAUAUGAUCAAUAAUAGUAAUAAUAAUAGCAGUAGUAGUAAUGGUAAUAAUAGUAAAUACUUUUCACUAACAUUGAAAUGUGGAAAUUUCAAAAGUGGGAAUAAUAUUAACUCCAUCCUAGGUUUAAAUGUGUUUUCAAUUAGUAGUAGUUACAAUAUGUUUUUAAACUUUAUGAAGGAUUUAUUUAAAAUAGCUUUUUAUGAUUUUAAUAUAUUUUUUCCAUUUCUAAAUGCACUGAAUAUAGAACACUUCUUUGUGUAUUUCCAUAUAUUUGAAAUUCUUUUUUACCUAGAUAUCAUAGAAAACAAAAAUAAAUUGGAUAAUCGGAGGAGGGAAACAAGAAUCGUAUCAAUUGAUCAGUGUCCAAAAAACCUGGCAUAUUUUAAUUCACAUGAACAGACAGAGGAUAUAGGAAAUAAAAUUGAUACCUUAAAUAAUGAUUGUAUUUUUUUAAAUAAUAAUAAGAAUAAUAAAAAAAUAUUGUGGAGUAUUAUGUUUGAUGAAUUAAGAAAAAUAUUUCUUAUAGAUACUAAAAAUUUGAAUUACACAUUAAAGAUUUUAAAAUAUUCUUUUAGUUUUUUUUUAUUUGAAGAAAAAUUUACAUUAAAAAAUAAUGUAAGCUCUGAACAUUUUAUAAAUAAAACAGAAUAUAAUUUUUCUUUUAUAUCCCCAAUAUAUUUAAAGGAGUUGUUAAAAUUUAGUAAUACGUUUAUUAAUAAUUUAAUGAACACUAAUAGAACGUUAAGUGAUGACGUUGUUUUUAAGUCAAUAUCCUACAUAUUUUACCUUUUGUCAAAAUUAAUUUGCAAUGAGAAUAACAAAUUAGAUAAGAAAUUUAUUUUGCUCAAUAAUGAGAAUAAUUUAAGUCUGAUUUGUCUUAUUACAUAUAUUUUUAAAUAUUUUAAAAAGGUGUAUACUGAUAAGAAUGCAAUUGAUGAAAUGUUAAAAAAGAAAAAAAUGGAAAAAGACAAUAAUAAAAACAGUGCAUGUAAAUUAAAAUAUUCAUUUGUGUUACUAGAAAAAGUGUACCAAAAAAUUCAAGAGUGUUUAUAUAUUAUUUUAACAAUAGAUGAGUAUAUUGAAAAGAACACGAAAGAGAAUUUAAUGAACAUAAAUAGGAAUUUUUCAAACCACAUUUCUGAUAAUUAUAAGAACAAUUUCUCCUAUAGUUAUGAUAUAUACAUCUGUGUAAUUAUCAAAAUAAACAAAAUUAACAUGUUCUAUUCCAACUUGGAAAUUAUAAAAAUUUUAUCCGAAAAUGACAAGAGCAUAUUCAGGAAAUAUAUAUAUACAAUAAAUAAGAACAAUGAAAAUCUUGUCUGCUUCUUUUCUUAUUUAUUAAAUAUAGAUUAUAAAGAAAAUGAUAAUGAUCUGAUUUUAAAAAAAUUCCUCUCAAACUUGAAAGAAAAAAAAAAUUAUAAAAGCGAAAAAUUAAUAAAACUAAUGAAGCCUUAUCAUUCCCCGUUGAAGUAUAUAAUUUUAAAAAAUGAAAUUCGUGAAGAUGAUGUAAAAAAAACUUCAUUAAAAAAAACUACCACAGUCAUAAGUUCUUUAGAAAGAGGAAGCAACGAUACCCCUUUUUCUGAUGUUUUUGAAUAUAAAAACUUUAUUGCUCAAAAUAGAAAUAUAUAUAAAUUAGAAAAUUCUUUAGAGGGAAAUAAGGAACAUCCAUGGGAGGAAAGUAAUAAAGAUGUAAACGAUGAAAAAGUAAGCAAUGAAGACAGAGGUGAUGAACAAGAAAGUGAUGAACAAGAAAGUGAUGAACAAGAUAGUGAUGAACAAGAAAGUGAUGAGCAAGAAAGUGAUGAACAAGAAAGUGAUGAACAAGACAAAAGUGAAGAAGACGAUAGAGAAAAUAGAAACCAACUUCACAUUUCUCCAAGGAAUAUAAUUAACGGAAACGUUAAGGAAAAUUUCGAGAGCAGAAGCAAAAAAUUCAGUAAUAGGAAAACAAGAAAAAAAACAGAUAUGCCUUUAUUUGAAAAUUCCGUUUUUCGAAUAAGUAAGGGAAACCUAAAAAGAAUAAAUAUUGAUUUCAAAAAUGUGUGUAAUAAUAUUAUUUUAUCCAUAAAAAGAUGUAUUAUAAUUUCAGAAAGUGUGAUUACCCACUUUACAAAUCAUGAAGAGUACGAGGUUAAUUUUAACAUUUAUGUAUGUAAAAGCUUAUUCAUUAAUUUUUUAAAACUGUGCUUUUUAAAUAUAAGUCUGUUUUCAUAUAUAUGUAUUAAAUUAAAUUAUGAUGAUAUUUUAAAAGAAAUGUAUGAAACGAAUUUAAUAAUACUCUCGUAUAACAUACUAGACAAAUAUGUUAGCUUUGUAUUAGAUCAAGAUGUUUCAAAAUUAAAUAAACAUAAGAAUAUACUUCAUUUUUCCACAGAAAAGGUAAAAAAAAAAGAAAAGAAAUAUAGUAAAUCAGCUGGAGCUGGUUCUUCUUGUGUAAAUUCUUUUUUACAUAUUGAUGAUAUAUAUGAAAUUUUAAGACAUCAAGAUAUCAAGAGAUCUAACUGUUUUUUUAUAUCUGGUAAGAAUGAAUUUAUUGAAACAUUAUACUUAAAUACCUUUUUAAUUAUAAUUAAUGUUAUAUCAGUAUGGGAAAUGUACUUGGAAAUACCAACGGAAGUUUUAAACAAAAUGAAAUACACAUUUUUUGAAUUAUUUUAUAACACUACAAUUAAAAUAAUCAAGUUUAUUAAAAAGGAUAGUGCUUUUUUUUUUUUAUUAAAUAUUUUAAAAUUUAUUUAUAUUAAAUUUGUUAAUCUACCUUUUAAUCCUAUUAAUAUACAUACCACAAUUAAAUUAUAUGACUUUUACGAGUUUUUGAUUAAUGACAAUUAUGAGAACUUCCAGAAUGAAGAGGAGCAAAAUUUUAAUAGUGAAAAUUUGUACCUAAGUUCAAUUAGCCCCUUGAAAUUUUUAUACAACAAUACAACCGAUAUAUAUGAUAACGGAGAAAGUUUUAGAAAGUUCGAUAAUAGUAAUGUUGAGCAUUCGGAACCUAGGAGUGUUGGCCUUUUUAAUGACAGCAAUGUGUUAAGUAUCAAUAAGAAAAAAAGGGUGAGCAUGGGUGGUUUGCUUCCUGUUUUUUUAAAUAAUGAAACUGGAAAAAAAAGGAAAACUAAUAUGGAUUAUACAUCUUAUAAUGUAUUAAGAAAUGAACAUAUUUCAAAUUCGACCAUUAAGAAAAAUAGCGUAUUACUGCAUAAUGAUAACUCAUUUAGUGAUAUAAGUAAAACAAUAAAAUAUGACUUAUGUGAAGAUGUAAAUACAACACCAAGACAUAACUAUGACGAUGUAGUACGUACUCCAGCAAAAGAAAUUGAGGUAUAUUCGAAAAAUAAAAAGGAGGAAAAUUUUCGAAAUACAUAUUUGAGUAAUUAUUAUAUACCACAUAUUGAUUUGUUGUUUAUUAUUAUAGACCUAGAGGUUUUUUACUAUUUUGAAAAAAAAAAAUAUAAAAAAAUAAUAAUUACUGUUGAAAAUGUGCUUCACUGUAUUAUGAAUAAAUGUGAUUAUAACACAAAAGAAUAUUUAAGAUCAUCUAUUUCAUAUAUUUAUAAUUAUUAUCAACAAGUAAAUAUGAGAAACAGUAAAAUAAAUAUACAAAGCUGUACUGUAAUUAGACAUAUAUUUAAUCUGUACAUCAAGUCGAAAGUUUUUUAUUUAAACAAAAAAAUAAAAAAAAAGUUACUACACUAUAAAAACUAUUACACAAGUGAUGAUUUAUUGAAAUCCAAUUAUCAUAAACUUUAUAACGGUUUUUUUAAUAGCGAUAAGUGGAAGUUUUUUUUUUAUUAUACUAGUUCAAAAAGUAUCAUGGAGGAGGAAAAAAAUAGGAAGAAAUGGAAGAAAAAGAAGAAGAAAAGGGUGAGAAUUAUUGAUAAUUUAUUGGAAAUACACAUAAACACACUACUCUUUUUAAUAUUAUUUGAGUAUUUAUCGAAAUAUGUUACUAAGAAUUUUAUAUUUUUUUUUAGAUUUUUAUUCUUCAUGUUCAAUAGUCUAUCCAUUGAUAUAUUAAGUUUAGUAAAUAGCUCAAAUCAUUUAGAGUUCUUUAAUAUUUUUCAUUUCAUAUAUAGUACUUAUAAUCCCGAUGGUCAUGGGGAAAUAUCGCAAAAAUUAAGAAGUGUAAUUUUUAAGAGAGGCCAUUCAUUAAAUGAGAAGAAUAGCGAAUUGUCCCCAUAUAAAUUAAAGGGUUUAGGAGAAAAAUCGAAAAAUAUAAAUAAGCAAAUCAUUAUCUUAGAUAUUGAUGAAAUGUUAGUCACUUACAUCCAGUUGAAUUUCAUUUUUUGUAGGUCAUGUUGUUUUUUUAUAUUUUUUAAAAAUGUGUGUUCACAAAAAUAUGAAAUUAUUUUAAAAGAAAAUAUUACUAACAACUACUUUGAAAAAUUUAAGAAUAAUAGAGAUUUUUUUGAUUUUUUCGAAUUUAAGAACGAGGAGAAACAAGCUGAAAAUAUUUUUAACAUAAAGGAGGAAAAUAUACAAACAGGAAAAGAAAAUCCAGAACAUACGAAAUGUGUAAAUAAAGAAAAAUUAGUUGAUUCGUUUGUUGAAAUUUCGGAGGAUGAUAAAAGUGAUUCUACAAGCAGUUCAAAUUUGUCCGAGUCUAGUUUUACAUUAAUUGAAUAUACCGAUUACUCGAAUAAUUUAGAUUACGUCUUUUUAGAAUUUAUUAUAGAAGAAAUUGAAGAUAUGGAUAUAGACCAUUUUUAUAAAAACAUUUUAAAGAAUUGUUAUUAUGUGAUAAAAGUAGAAAUGUUAUAUCAUUACAUUUAUAAUAAUGUAGAAACAUUAAAGAGGUUUUCCUAUUUAAAUAAUGUGUAUUAUUUAUAUAAGUUAUAUUUCCAUAUUUUUGUUUGGACGGAUAAUAAAAAUUUUACUAAAGAAAAUGAAUUAAUGGUGACCAAAAGGAUGGAUGAAAAUAACUGUUUAAAUGAAAAUAAGGAUAUAUUUGAUAUCUUUAGUCUUAACAACAUAAUGAAGGAAAAGUUUUGCUCAAAGUACAUAAAAUUAAUGGAUCAUGAGGGCAAUUUUUUUAUGGAUCUGGAUACAUGUAGAACGGAAGACCCUAUUUCACUUAGAAAAAGUUAUGAAGGAAAAAAUGACAUAUGUAAUAGCCAAAAUAAUGAAUCUUGGGAAAAUAAGAGCAGCAGCAGUGAAAAUGCUUAUUUUAUAUGUGAUAUAUAUAAUUUUAAACUAAAAUUUUAUCAUCCCAUAAUCACUGAAAAAAAUAUUUUCAAUAAAGGGAGAAAGAAGAAUAUUUUUAGUAGUUUGUUAAUUUUUAAUAAAAAUUAUUUAAUGAAUUUAAAACAAAAAUAUAUUAAAAUGACUAAAUAUAUGCAUAAAUAUAUUAUAAGUGUUUACUAUAUAAUAUUGUACUUUUAUUUUGAUGAAUAUGUUAUAAAAUGUAAUAAACUAACAUUUUAUUAUAUUCUGUGUACUUUUCAAAAAAAAGUAGACAUAUUGAAUAGUAAAUUGUGUAACAGAGUUCCCUCUCAUUGUUUUGAUAUUACACGUACAAAUGAAAUUAUAGAAAAAUCACAAAAAGAAAAAAACAUUUCUGAUAACCCUUCUUUCGAAAUAUACACAGAAAAUCAUUUAAGGACGAAUAUUUUUGUAAUUUUUGAAAUUUUAAAUAGCAUAUAUAAUAAGAACCAUGGAAACAUAUUCAGAAAUAGCAAUUUCGUUGAUGAACUUGUUAUAAAAAUAGAUAUAAAAAUAAUUGGCUAUUUGAGUGAAAUAUACAAAAUUGCAUUUCUAUAUAAGAUGUAUAAUCACUGUAUGCAUAUUUUGGUAUUAUGCAUAAUGUUUUUAUCCAUAUUUUGGAGUGUUUACAUAUUUAACGAAAAAUAUGAAUGUGAUAUAAAGAGUAGCGUGAGUGGGGAAUUAGAGGAGGGUGAUAAUAGACAAAAAGAGAAUAUAAAAGAAAAAGCAAAAGGGUAUGAAAAAAACAAGCUAGAUGAAAAUGUAGAAUUUUUUUCACGAAAUAGUAUUAACAUGAAGGAACAAAAUAAGAGAUGCACAUAUAUCAGAAAAGAAAACAAGGGAGCGAAGAACAUAAAUAAAAGGGAAGGGAAAUAUGAAUGCACACAUAAAUACAGGAGAACUUUUAUAUUAAACAAUGUUUACAAUAAAAUAGUAUCAAAUAUGAGUGAAAAUAAUAUUAAAGAGAUAUACAACGAUUUGCAUAAUUAUAUGCAAACACUGAUAAUUUGUAUAUCUUUAUUUUACUUAACUUUUCUGUGUACUGAAAAAGUACAUAAGGAUAUACAUAAUAUUCUGUUUUUAAAUUGCGCUAAUAAGCUCUAUCUGUACUAUAUUGAUUUUUUUGAAUAUAUUAAAAAGUUUUGUGAAGAAUAUUGCACAGAUAAAUUAUACUUAUCUACUUUUUUCUUCGAUAAUUUUCACUUAGACUUAAUCAAUUUGAAAUUUCAAGCACAUUCUAAAGCAAGAAUAUAUAAAAAAGAACUCCAAAAAAAAAGAAAAAACUACACUCCAACCACAGACAGUAACAUAGUGACAAAUCAAAUGACUUCUAUGUGUAAAAGUACCAGCGAUAUUAUGCGUUGCUGUAAAGAUGGUACUUUUUCAGAAAGUGCUAAAUUUGUUCGAAAAAUUAUUCACACUAAUAAUAAUAAUUAUAAUUGUUAUACCCCGAUCUCAACAUGUGCAGCGUAUGUUGAUAAUCAGAAGGAUGAAGGAAAUAACAUACUUUUGGAAGAGCGAAUUGAUAUAAAAUUUUCCUAUUUAUUUUAUUACGAAGAAAAGGCAUUAAAAGAAUGCAUCAAGAACUUAAGUGUAAUAGAGAAAAAAUUUGAGAGUAAUUAUAAACAUUUUUUUAAAAAUAACAUUUGCUUAUAUUUUAACAUUAUAAAAUAUUUAUAUAAGAAGAAAACGAAAUAUUUGGGUCUUUUACUAUUUGCCAAUUCUUAUAUAAUUUCCAUUGUAACACUUAUCAAAUUUACAGUGGUGAAAUAUUUUACAUAUUAUAAUGUGUCUUCCGAUUUUUUUUCGCUUAAAUUUGAACAUCCACUGUAUGAAUUCGAUAUGGAUAUGAUAACCAAAGUAAAAAAAACAAAUGAUGAAAAGGAAAAUUUUGAAAUAAACAAUAAAGCUAUUCUUAUGAAUUUAGAAAAUCUAUUUUGUAACAUGUUUUUAAACAAAGAUAUUUUUUAUUAUAUAAAGUUUAUUAAUAUGUAUUACAAAAAAAUUUCUAAAAUUUUAUAUAAAGUUAAUAAUUUUUUGCUUAGCUAUUAUUAUUUAAAAAAGAACAUUAUAUUUAUAUGUGAUUUAAUACACUUUCCUGAAAUUAUACAUAAUUAUUCUCUCCUGGCAAAUAUUAUUUUAACUAGCGGAAAAGAGAGAAUUGAAUUAUUAACUCAGGAAGAAAUGUUUUUUGAAAAGUUGAAUAAUGAUUUAGACAUUUAUGAAAAGAAAAAUGGGGACGAAAGAGUUGAAUGCAAAAAUGAUAAUGCAGACACAACAGUGAUAAAAAAUAUUAACGAUUUUAAAACUUACGAGGAGGAAGACUUUUUAAAUAUUGAUUAUGUGAAAACGCCUCUUAAUACUUAUUUAACGAAAAGGCAUAUUUAUGAAUAUAAAAAUUUGCUCACUCGGUUCUUUAGUUACUUAAACUUUUUAAUAAGAAAUCCAGACGCCAUGACCAUCUUGCCUACUAAAUAUGUAAAGGAAAUUUUUUACAUUUAUUCGUUAAUUAUUUUUAAGAAAAAGCAAGCACACCAUUUUUACAAUAGCGGUAAGGGACAAAAAAAGUCCAAAGAAGAAACAGACCUAUGUGAGAAUAAAAAUGAUAAUAAUAAUAAUCAUAAUCAUAAUAUUAAUCAUAAUAAUAAUAACAAUAAUAAUAAUAAUAAUAAUAAUAAUAAUAAUAAUAAUAAUAAUAAUAAUAAUAAUAAUAAUAAUAAUAAUAAUAAUAAUAAUAAUAAUAAUAAUAAUAAUAAUAAUAAUAAUAAUAAUAAUAAUAAUAAUAAUAAUAAUAAUAAUAAUAAUAAUAAUAAUAAUAAUAAUAAUAAUAAUAAUAAUAAUAAUAAUAAUAAUAAUAAUAAUAAUAAUAAUAAUGUGAGUAAAACGAAGGAAUGUAAAAAUGAUAACAUUGUCUGUAUUAAAAAAACAGCGAUAUCAGGGGAAGAAUUCAAAGAGACGAUUUCCCUGGAAAGUUCUAUAUCUCUAAACAACAAUAAGGAAGAAAAUAAUCAAAGAUGUAGCAGUGAAAUAAAUGAUUUUGAAAAUGAGUCUCUGAGAUGUUUCAACAGCUGUAAUAAGAAAAAAGAAAAAACAUUUUUUAAUUUUUUUCUGGAAAAGUUAUUUCUCAUAAAUAAUGUAGACACAGACAUGUUUAAUAUUUCAUUAGAUGAUGAACAAGAUAUUACAAGUAUUAUAAAAUCAUAUGUGAUGAGUGAUAUUAAGAGCCUUAAUGUUAUUAAUUUUCAAAAUGAGUAUUACAACUUUAAUAACUUUAUCCGAUUUGGAGAAAGUGCAAAUAAUGAUGAUGAUGAUGAUAAAUGUGUGCAAAAUAUAAGCAGAAUGAAAAGUAAUAGUAAAAUUGAGGACCAAACGAAUGAAUUAAAAAAUAGGAGGAGCAUAUUGAACUUACACGCAUGUGCUUUUAAAGUUAAUGAUAUUUCAGUUUUAAACUAUUUAUAUUUAAAUUAUGAUUUUGAGAAAAAUAUAAUUUACACAGAAAAUUAUAUUAACAAUAGAUUAUUUAAGUAUAACUGCAAAAGAAUGAAUUCUUAUUUUAUCAGAGUAGUGUUAUAUUAUAUUAAUUUAGUAUUCCUAAAAAUAAAAAAUAUUUUUUGUGAUGACUGCAUAUAUACAAUAAAAAAACAGCAAUUUCUGAACUCCUCAGCUAAUGACUGCUCUCGCAACAUUUUUUUUAUCCUAUUUUUAAAACUUUUUUAUUUUUUUAAUUUUUCUAAACAAAUCGUAAGUGAAAUAUGCAUUAAUUAUUUUCCUGGUAAUAAAGAUUAUCGAACAUAUUUAUAUAUGUUAUCAAAAAAUAAGCAAAAAGAGAAUAACAAUAAAACGAUUGUUCCAUCUAAUCACGACGGAAACACAAAUAGAAGUCUAAAUACGUACUACCAAAAAAAUAACAAUGCCAAGAAUUAUAAUAAUGGUACAACUACUAAUUUAGACAAAAUUAUAUUUCUCCAUUUUGCAGAAAUUUUCUUAUAUCCCACAAAAAAUUGUAGUUAUUUUGAAGUUCUAACUGUGUGUUACGAAUUCCUAACAAAUAUGAAAGAUGCCAAAAACAAAGUUAACAGAAAAAAACACAAAGAGAAAUUAUAUGGUUUUUUAAUAAGUAUUAUGGUAGGGAAGCAAAGUAGAAAUAUCGAAAACAAUGAUAUUAGCAGUAGUGGCAACAGUGUUAAUAGCAGCAGUAUCAGCAGUAACAGUAAUAAUAAUAUUGGAGAUGGAACUGUUUAUUACUUCCAGACUGUUUUAAUAUACUUGUCUCUAUUACUAUAUAAUACUUGCAAAAAAUCUUUUACCCACGAAAUGAGAAAAGUGGCUCAGUUUUUUUUAGAUUUUAUAUUUUUUUUUAUUGAGAAUAUAAAAAAUAAUUUAAUUAUAUUGCAAAUAAUAGAAUCUUAUUUGAAUGAUGUGCACAGUGAGAAUGAAAAUAAUGUAAACACGGACAACCGUUGUGAUAAUGGUAAAGAAAUAAAGUAUUUCUACUUGUUAAAAUUUUAUUUUAGAAAAUUGCUAUCUUUACUCUAUUUGUAUACAGACGAAUUAAUAUUUUACACAAUUAAGAAUAACAUUGAUCAAGAAAUAAGUCAAAAGAAGUAUUACAGGAAAAAUGUUAAUAGAAAUUUAAAUAUUGGAAUUAUAUGUAAUUAUGAGUAUAUCAGUCAUAUGAACUUAAGCGAAUUUUGUUUUUAUUGGGAUUAUGCAAUAGUAUCAAUGAGUCAUGAUAAAAGUGACUUGUAUAUUUCAAGGUGUUAUAAAAAUUUUCUAUUAGUGUUAAUUCAGAUAAUUAAAAAUAUUCAAGAAAAUAAUGGAUCAGGAAAUGGUAAACACCUUUUGGAUGAAGCCAGUAGUAGUAAAAGUAAAGAAGAAUCAUUUUUCUCAAAUGGUGAAGAGAAGAUAAGCUCGUUAAAUAAUGAUGAACAAAAAUAUAACUAUUUCUAUGAACAAAUAGGUAAUUUUUUUGAUAUCUUGAAUAACCAACAAGAAGAUCAACAAAUAGUUGAUCCUAAUGACAAUCCAUAUUUCAUUGAGGAUAACAAUUUAAUGGUUUCUUCGAAUAAUAAUUUAUAUCAUUCCAUUAAAGAUAUACAAGAAUAUUUAAAAGCAAAUCCUUACGAUGAAUUCCACACGCGUUCUGAUAACAACAAAUAUAACAAAUAUGGAAGUAUGUUUCAUAAUAAUUCAACACUUAAAGAAAAGGAAGGAUAUGAAUAUGAACAUGAUAAUGGUUGUAUAGUGGAUGGAACAUCUAACUACGAAAAGUGUGGAGAAAAGAAAAAGGAGAAUAAAACCAUACAUGAUAACAUCGAAAAUGAAAAGAGCAAAAAGACAAAAAAAAAAUUAUAUAAUAUUUCAGGAGAAAAUAUCUUUUUUACCUUCGAUGUAAAUAAUGUGUUUUCUGUUUAUAAUAUACAUAACACUCCCAAUAGUGUUAACAUAUCCAAUGUAUCAAAUGUACUGAAUGAUAAAAUAGAAAAAAACGAAGAAUAUACUCGAAGCAAUUUGAAGGUACUGUACUUUUUUUCAUGUUUAUACAAAAAUGCAUGUAAAUGUAUCAAUAAAAAAAGGUUUGAAUAUUUCCAUGUGGAUAAAAUACAUUUAAAUAUAGAAAAAUUUUCUUUUAAAGAAAAAUGGAAUUAUAUAAAAAAACUAGAGAAAAUUUUAAAACAGUAUCAACAUAUGAUAAAAAUAAUGUGUGAAAUAUUACAUAAGUCAAAAAAUGUUGAUCGCAGUAAAAGUAAUUUAAAAAUUUUCAUAGAUUUAUGGUGGAAUAAUAGAUACACAUUAGAACAGCAUUUAAAAAUACUAAAUCUGGAUAUAUCUAAUCUUUUAGGAUUUUCUAUACAUAAAUUAAUAUCUGUCCCUCUAAUUUCUUUAAAUGUGAGCAGAAAAUUUUUACUUCAUCCGACUACUAAUUGUGUGGAAGAGGAAAAAACGAGAAAACAUUUACUAAAUGAAGAAAAUAGUCCAAUUGAUAGCAACUGUAUCUAUAAUACUAUAUCACUUGUUAAUAAUCAAAAGGAUUAUUUAAAAACAAAUUUCGACAUAUUUGUUGUUCUUUAUUAUUAUUCAAAUAUGUUAAACAUAAUUUCAUGGAUUAAUAAAUGGAGGAAUUUUUUUCUCCAUUUGAAAUAUUGGGACGAAAUAAAUUUUAUAAAUGUUCUCAUAACUUUAACAGUUUUUUCAAUAGUUAUGAAAAAUUGCAAUGUUCAGAUUACGCACGUUAAGAAAAAAUACUUAGCAAGUAAUCCUAUAUUAAAGAAGGAUAACAGCAGUAAAAAAAGCAAUAGCGAAGAAAUGGAUAAGUUAAAUGACCACAAUAGCGAAAAAAGGAAAACUCAAAGAAAUUCGAUACAUAUUAACAAGACGGUGGUAACUUCCUAUUUGCCCUUUAUUAAUAAAGAUAUUGAGACUAUAUUAACGUUAGAUAAAAAACUCCAAAAGAGAAAAAGUACAAAUGAUGCUUAUUUUGAAAAUGCAAAUGCAAAUAUUAAUAUAAAUGAGGGUGCAACAUGGAAGGAAAAUAUUACACUCGAUGUCUCAAAAAAUUUAAGAUCUAAUAUAAGUCAGGAUAGACAAAAAAAAAAUCGCAAUAGUAACUGCAAUUAUAGUUAUAAUUAUAAUGAAAUAGAGGAAUUCAAAAAUGCCGGCGGAGAAUCAAGUAUUGACAAAAGUUACAGAAUUAUUGUACCAAAGGCGAAAGAAAAACAAAGAUAUUCGUACUACACAACAAAUAAUAGAGGUAAUGAUAAGAAUAGUAAUGGAAAUAGCAGUGAAAAUAAAUAUAAUGUGAAGAGGAGUAGAAGAAAAACUAUUAAUAUAAUUAAUGACAACCCAGACAAUUUUGUAGAUGAAGAUUAUAAUAAAAGUUCUGUUUAUGAAGAAACCAGAAGGAAAGACGAGAAGAAGAUAAACUCAACUGUUUAUGAAUAUUUAAGCUCAAUGAAGGAUGAAUGUUUCGAGAAUUCAGAAAAAAAAUAUGAAAAUAAAUUGAGAAAAAACAGAAAAAGAGCCACAGUAGAAGGAACAUUAAUUUUGAAUGAUCUAAAGAAAGAAAGAGUAAAAAAAAUGGAUGAAGAUAAAGAUGGUGAGAAAAUAUAUAAAGAAAAUAAUUAUUUGAAAUAUUUGGACCUAAGGAAGAAAUGUGAUAGAGGAUCAUUAAAAUGUUCUUUCUUAAAAUUAAGGAUGUAUUUAUAUAAUAUAUUAAUAGAUAUUUUUGAAAAUAAUGAAGUUCUUCCGGAGGAUAUAUUUAACAUUUUUAACAAUAUUACGCAUUCAUUCGCUACUGAUAUUUUAAAGUGUAACUUAUUAGAGGAUGACUUAGAUAAAGAAAGAUAUAUAUAUGUAAGAAAUGUAGAGCAGCAUAGAACAAGAAAAAAUCCUAUUAUUAUAUACCUACAUAGUAAUUUAAAUAGACUUCCCUUUGAAAAUCUUGAACCUCUAAAGGAUUCAUACAUCGUGCGAGGUGUGCACAAAAUUGUAACAGCCUAUUUAUAUGAAAGACUAUUAAGAAAAAUAAAAAAUGAGGAAGCACAAAAGGAUAGAGAGAUUUUUUCAAAAAUGGGUGAACAGGUAAAAGAGGAGGAAACGGAAGAAGAAGAAGAAGAAGAAGAAGAAGAAGAGGUAGAAAAGGAAGAAGUAAAAGAAGAACAUGUUAGUGAUGAUUACGAUAACGAAAGUGAUAAUAUGCUUCAGAACGAAUAUAUAAAAAAUGAAUAUUCAGAAAAAUGGAAAAUAGAUAUGUGUAAAAAUAAAGAGCAGAAUAUAUAUACUUCUAAUAAAAACAGUGUGUAUAACCCCUUGGAACUAAAAGAUAAAAAAAACAAAAAUACAGAUGUUGUAAUUGAUUCAAUUGAAUAUAGGAGUCAUGUUCCGCCAAAGGAAAAUUUAAAAGAUAAUAAUAUAUGUUUUUCUAAAAAAAAUAAAAAUAUGUUUUAUGAAAUUUUUAGUAACAGUACAAAUAAUAUUUCAAAAAACGAUAGUACCAAGAAUUGCCAUCUUUAUAACAAUUCGGAAAAAUCAAAAACUUCUGACGUGAAUUACGAGAAAUGUAAAUUAAUUUACUCCAUAGAUAAUUGUAAUACAAAAGAGAGAGAAACAAGAAAGACGCUUUAUUUUGAUGAACGAGAAAAAUCUGGGGAAUCCAGGUAUGUACGUGUUAAGGAUUUAGAAUGUAAAAAAGAGGCACUGGUAAAAGGUAGGUACAGCUUAAUAAAUACAAUUGAAGAAAAGAAGCAAAUGAAAGAAGAUCAUGUUGAAAUUGCAAAGACGGUUAAAAGUGAAAUACAAAUUAAAGAUGUGAGACAAACACAUGAAAAGGAAAAACGUAGGAAAUACCGAAGGAAAAGUGUUCGCAUUGAACACUCUUUUCUAAACCCUUUUAACAGAAGUAAUUAUAAUAAUAACAAUCAUAAAAAUGAACGUUAUAGUAAUAAUGAUAAAAAAAAUUGCAACGUUUUGCUCUUCAAUGAAUAUGACCUCGGUGUACAAGAUAAAAUAUACAAAAAAAAUGAAAAAAAAGGCGUGUAUAAUACAUUGACGGUAAGAGAUAAACAUAAGUGGGGGACCCACACAACUAUAAGGAGAUCAUGUGUUAAAGAUAAGGAUGUGCCAUCUUAUUCGUCUUCCUCACCUUCUCCUUCUUCCGCCUCAUCAAAUUCCUCAGUUGAACUAGUUCAGAAAGAAGAAGAAUUGAGAAGAAUAUUUAUGAAUGCUAGAAAGUCAAUGAAUAUUCACAACAUUAUGAGCAUUUGUGGAAAGGAUGAAUUCAGUUUUUUUAAUUCCAAAAAAAAAAGAAAAAAAAGUGUAAGUGAGUCUGAAGCUCACAUUGAUGAAGAAAAAAUGUUUCUAAGUUCUAUAGUGGAACCAUGUAAAAAAGAAAGGAAAAGAAGAAGCUAUUCAGCUGACCCUGAGCACCUUUCUAAAUUGUCAAAAAUUAAAUACAUAAAAUAUAUUCCAUAUUAUAUUAAAAGUUCAAGGCUCAUAGAUCCAAGAAAGAGUAAAAUAUUUUUUGUAAUUAACCCCAAUGGGGAUUUAAAAAGAACAGAAGAUGCAACUUAUCCAUUUAUAUAUUUUAAAAAUAAAGAAAAGUAUAAGUACAAAAAUUGGAAUGGAUAUUUUGGUAAAGUCCCAUGUGAAAUGGCUUUAUUAAAACAUUUAUGCAACGAUGAUUUGUAUUUAUAUUGUGGUCAUCAAGGGGGAGAACAAUAUAUAAAAAAGGAAAUAAUUCAAAAUGCUUUUCUAAGAUGUAAUUAUGAAUUUGUAGAAGAGAAAAGAGACGGAAAAAAGCACAAUUCAAAUAAAAAGGGAAAUAUUCGUAGUGUUUCAAAGCAUAAAAAAGGGAAAGAGAAAAAUAGGAGUCUUUUAUUAUUAGAAAAUAAGAAUAAAAAAAGAAGAAGAAGAAGAUACUCAUGCGUAAUUGAUUCAAAUAAAUGUAUUAUGGAUAAAAGGAUGAAGAGAAAAACUGUGGGAGAUUUAAUUGGUGUAUAUGAUAGAAGUAAUGUGAGUACUAGUAACGAUACUAGUAUAUAUACACACAAUGAAACAGAUGAAGACUCUCCUUUAUCCGAUAAUAAUAAUUAUGGCAUAAACUGUUGUGUUUUCUUAAUUGGAUGUAGUUCAGGUUUAGUUUCUUCGCAUGGUUUUGACUUAGACGUUUGGGGUACACCAUAUGAUUAUAUAGUAGGUGGUUGUAUUUUUAUUUUUGGUAACUUAUGGAAUGUAACAGAUGGAGAAGUAGAUGGGUUUACACAAAACUUUUUUUGGAAAUGGACCCAACCAAAUUCUUCAUCGUUAUUUUAUUCGUGCAGUAAUUAUUAUAACAAUGUUCAAAUGAAGAACGUUUUAAAAAUUAGUUUUAGUUUUUUUACAAAAUUAUUAAAGGAAUGUUGCAGUGUGCAGGAUAAUGAAGAUGUACAAAAUGAAGUGUCUGAUAAUAAGAACAUACUAAUCGAUGUUGGUGAUAAUUUUGUUACCCUAGAUUUGCAUACGUACACAUAUUUAAAACAGAACAACUUUUUUUAUAAAUAUUUUCAACAAUUUUACAACUGUAAAAUAAUUUUAAAUAAAAAUCUUUUUAAUAUAAAUCAAAAUAGAAAAUAUAUAUGGUUAAGUAUGACGGAAGCUUUAGCAGAAGCUAAACAAUUUUGCCGUCUUCCAAAUACAACAGGCUCAGCUGUUGUUAUUUACGGUUUACCUGUGUAA